AUGGUGAAUACUGAAAUUUUAGUAGGUUUCCUAUCAAUUGCUGGAAAUAUACUUAGUAUAAGUACACAACUAUCUCCAAUAAAGUCAUUUAUAGAAAUGGAUAAAACCAGAGAUCCUGGACUAAUGAACAUCUAUCCAAUAUUUGCACUGUGUGGUAAUUCAUUUCUCUGGGUAACCUAUGGACUUUUAACCACACAAUUUACAAUCCUACCAGUUAAUACAUUUGGUGUAUUUAUCACUCUAUAUUUUGUCAUGAUCUUUAUCAGUUCAACCAAUGAAUAUUUAAAGGUAAACAUUUCAUCAAAAACAUCCUUUUUAUUUCCAAUUCAACUUAUCCAUAAUAUUUUUUAUUUCCACUUUUUUUUAGAGGCGAAAACUUUCAGCUAUAUUCUUUGCUUUUGUAAUAUCACUGGUGGUAUUCGUAGAGAUAAUAGUGAUGUCGCUGAAAUUGGAAGCAUCGAUCAAAUACCGAAUUUCGUUGGUGCAGUCCUAUCGUUUUUCCAACUUUUAGUUUACAAGACCAUCAAUCUAAUGUACCCGAAAGGAAGAAUGCCACUUGGAGUCGAUCCAAAUGAGAAUAUUACUUUUAUCGAUGAGGAAAAGGCAUCUGUAGAAAUGGUAAUCGAUGGUAGAUCAGAGUUUGAAGAAAGAAUAUAA